GGUGGGGGUCUGCGGAGCGCGCCCAGGAGGAUACUGCGCGAGAGUAGCCGGCGCCGGCCUCGAGGGGACGGAGCUCAUCCGGCUGCCCGUGGUGCCGUCGCGCCGCCGCUCUUGCUUGCCCAGCAGACUUGCACCGGCGGCGGCCGGGCGCGCCCCUGGGCCUCGCCCCCGCACGGGGACUCAGAGCGCCACCGCCCCCAUGAGAGCGCCUGGCCGCUGGGGCUCGCGGUGCUGAGCCACCGCCCGCAUCCAGCCAUGCGGCGCUGGGCCUGGGCCGUGGUCCUGGCCCUCCUCUGGCCACAGCUUGCGUUGCUCAGGGGAGUCGGGGCGCGGCGGGAGCCUAGGAGGCAGCGGCAGCUGGUCCAGCGCACCGAGGCCCCGAACGCCACCGCGUCUGACAGCGAGGGUCUGCCCGGCUCCCCCAAGCCACAGGAGGCCUCAGGGCCUGAGUUCUCAGAUGCCCACAAGACGUGGCUGAACUUUGUCCGACGGCCAGAUGACAAUUCCUCCAAGAAGCGAUGCCGAGGCCGAGACAAGAAGUCGCAAGGCCUCUUGAGUCCCCCGGGACCCCCCGGCGUAGAAGUCACCCCAGCCCUGCUUCAGGAGUUCAAGGACAUGCUGAAGGAGGCCACAGAACGGCGGUUCUCAUCAUGGCCAGACAUGCUGCUGCCCCACGGGUCUGGCCUGCAGCUGAUGGUUGAGGCCUUUCACUGCCGGCUGAAGAGCCCGGUGCUGGUAGACAAGAAGACCCUGGUAGAACUGCAGGGCUUCCAGGCCCCCACUGCCCAGGGUGUCUUCCUGCGGGGGUCUGGCCUGAGCCUGGCCUCAGGCCGAUUCACAGCUCCAGUCUCCGCCAUCUUCCAGUUUUCGGCCAGCCUGCAUGUGGACCACAGUGAGCUGCAGGGCAGGGCCCGGCUGCGGGCACGGGACACUGUUCGUGUCCUCAUCUGCAUCGAGUCCCUGUGUCACCACCACACGUCCCUAGAGGCCAUCUCCGGCCUGGAGAGCAACAGCAGGGUCUUCACCGCACAGGUGCAGGGGCUGCUGCAGCUGCAGGCUGGGCAGUACGCCUCUGUGUUCGUGGACAACGGCUCUGGGGUGGUCCUCACCAUCCAGAGUGGCUCCAGCUUCUCUGGGCUGCUUCUGGGUACCUGAGGGUGCAGAAGGAGCACCGUGUGAGGAUCCAUCAGUGCCCUCCACCCCCCAGGAAGGAAGUGGAAAGACCCGCAGUGGAUUU